GGACAAGCUUGGUACUCAGGCUUAGCAUUUCUCAGGUGCUUGCGAGGUGAUUAAGAGGCAAAGAUGUCGGAGCGAAAAGUAUUAAACAAAUACUACCCGCCGGACUUUGACCCGUCAAAGAUCCCCAAACUCAAGCUCCCCAAGGACCGGCAGUACGUGGUGCGGCUGAUGGCCCCCUUCAACAUGAGGUGUAAGACGUGCGGAGAAUACAUCUACAAGGGGAAGAAAUUCAAUGCUCGGAAGGAGACGGUGCAGAACGAGGUCUACCUGGGCCUGCCCAUCUUCCGCUUCUACAUCAAGUGCACACGCUGCCUGGCAGAGAUCACCUUCAAGACAGACCCUGAAAACACAGACUACACCAUGGAGCAUGGAGCCACGCGGAAUUUCCAGGCUGAGAAGCUCCUGGAGGAGGAGGAGAAGAGGGUGCAGAAGGAGCGGGAGGAUGAGGAGCUGAACAACCCCAUGAAGGUGCUGGAGAACCGGACCAAGGACUCCAAGCUGGAGAUGGAGGUGCUGGAGAACCUCCAGGAGCUGAAAGACCUGAACCAGCGGCAGGCACACGUGGACUUUGAGGCCAUGCUGCGGCAGCACCGCCUGUCCGAGGAGGAGCGGCGGAGGCAGGAGCAGGAAGAGGACGAGCAGGAGACCGCAGCCCUGUUGGAGGAAGCCAGAAAGCGACGGCUGCUGGAGGACUCCGACUCAGAGGCCCCAAAGCCCAAGAGGAAGGUGGAGGUCUGGGAGCAGAGCGUUGGCAGCCUGGGCAGCCGGCCCCCGCUGUCGAGGCUGGUCGUGGUGAAGAAGGCAAAGGCCGACCUGGACUGCAGCAAUGGGCAGCCUCAGGCAGCCCCCGCCCCAGGAGCCCCGCAGAGCAGGAAGGAGGCCGACCCUGCACCCCCGACGCCUGGCGCGUCCUCCCUGAGCCAGCUGGGUGCGUACCUGGACAGUGACGACAGCAACGGCAGCAACUGAGCCCUCCUAGGACCCCCGCCCUGGGUCAGGGCCACACGUCCAGCUUCAGCCACGUUGAGGCCGGCGUUGCUGGUGGUCGGGGCAGGAGGCCUUGGCGUAACCGGGGACCCUGCAGACAAGUGCCAGCGUGCCCCGAGCACGUAGGGCCAACAGGGACCUCAGCCCCGGGAGGUCGCUUCUCUCUGCCCUCACCAGCCUCUCAACACAUCGGGGACACCUGCUGCUCCUGCCUCCACCUGUCACCAUGCUUAGGGCUGCAGUAUCCCUAGCGCGUCUCAGCUUCCAGCACUACUUCAGGGUGGCGGUGUCUGGGGCACUGGGCGAGCCCACUGGCCUCUAGAGGGCCUCAUCUCUUCCUUCCACAAACUGUCUAGAACCAAUAAAAGGAAAUCUGCCAAC